AUGAAUGGGGGAUCAGAACCUAUGCUUACCGGUGCCCACUUGAAUGUUCGUUCGCUUUCUGCCAAUUUUUCAGAGUUCGGAAAUACAAUAUUGAAUCAUAAUUUUGAUUUGGUUGGUGUUACGGAAACUUGGCUUCGUGCUGAUGAAACAUUUUCAUUUGAAAUUGAGGAAUACAAUUUUGUUCAUAAUGACAGAACUACUAGGGGGGGAGGCACGGGUAUCUAUAUAAAAAAGAAUUUACACUAUCGAGUCGUCAACUUGGAUCUUAAUUUGGAAAAUACAUGCAUUAUACUUGAACGAGGAGUUAAAAGAGUGCUCUUCUGUGUGAUUUACAAGCCUCCUAAAGUUGAGGGAAGAUUGGGUACUCAUGUGCUUGUUGAUGACCUAGAAAAUCUCACCAUGGCUUCCUUGCCAUUGGCUGAUAAUCUUAUUGUCGUUGGGGAUAUGAAUGUCAACGUUUUGGAACCUGAUUCUUCUGACUCAUCUUCAUAUUUGAACUCACUUCAAACUUUUGGAUUACAUCAGUUGGUCAAAAAGCCAACCAGAAAGCGUGCUUUGCUUGAUCAUAUUCUCACAGAUAAACCUGAGCUGUUCAAAUAUACGGAUGUCUUGGACUGUCACUAUAGCGAUCACGAUAUGCCGAUUUUUGCCUUGAAUGGUGGGUUCACAACUGAGCGAACUGAACGAUACGCAACUUUUAGAGAUUUCACUCAAUUCUCCUUUGAAAGUUUUCAGGAGGAACUAGCUAGCUCUGAUCUUCAGGCGAUCUUCAGGAUACGGUUUGAGUGGAAGAACAGAGGGCAUUCACCCAUCUGAACUCCGCCCUGUGAGUGUUGUAAUUGAUAAAUUAUGUUUCUAUUGUGUCAUUGAAUUGGUAAUAAAGGCCUAUUAUUAUUA